CCGUCCGUCCGUCGAUAUAAUUAGUAUCGAUAACGACGCUCGAGUCGAGUCGCGUCCCUAGCACCCAGUCCUUGUUUGAACGUUGAUAGACUCGCGCGUUCGCCCAAUGCCGCCUACCUUCCGUACACGAGUUAAGCUGAAGUAAAGACUUCAUAGCGAAAACUACCAACAAAUGGGAUAAAAAGUAACAAACUUCUGUGUAAAGUGAGACAUUUCCCAAGUGAAUUCAAUUGUGAUUAUCAAAUUAAUAAUUUAAAUUAAAUUUCUCGUGUGAUACUAGCUCGUAAGUUAGUCUAAGUUAGUGCUUUUGACUUUUGUGUUUAGUGUAAAUUGAAGUAGACUAUUUAUUAUUAUGGAAGAGCACGCAGAGAGCAAGGAGCGGCUGCAGCGGGCGCCCUUCGAGACCGCGCUGCAUCAUGCCGGUUAUGGGUGUUUCCAAUGGCUGCUGCUCAUGUCCUGCGGGGCGGUGUACGCGGUGUGUGCUCUGAGCACCACCACUCUCAGCUUCGUGCUGCCGGCCGCGGAGUGCGACUUCAAUCUCAGCUCUAGUGAUAAGGGAAGGCUUACUGCUACCCCACUUAUUGGAAUGUGCGUGGGCUCGUACUUCUGGGGUAACCUAGCGGACGCGCGCGGGCGCAGGAAGGCCAUCAUCGGUGCUCUGUUGCUGGACGCUCUUGCCGCCUUUUUGUCUAGUCUUAUGCAAUCUUUUCCCGCGUUCCUGGCUUGCAGGUUCUUCUCGGGCUUUGGUAUAAUAGGAGCUACUGGUCUCGUAUUCCCCUACUUCGGUGAUUUCCUCUCCUUACGGCAUCGAGACGUCAUGCUGUGCAGGCUAGAAGUGUUCUGGACGUUCGGAACUAUUUUACUACCAGGUAUCGCUUGGCUCAUCAUCCAAGACCCACGCUUCAAUCUCACAAACCCAGGCGCGGAUUUCCAGUACACAUCCUGGCGGGUGUUCGUCUUCGCCUGCGGAAUCCCCAGUUUACUGGUGGUGUUACUGCUGCUACCCUUUCCUGAGAGUCCGAGAUACUUGCUGCAUGCAGACAAGACUGAACAAGCCCUGCAUGUCCUGCAGAGGAUAUUCGUUGUCAACACCAGGCUGUCUGAGAAAGAUUUUCCAGUAGAAUCAAUGAUCAGCGCGACAGACGGCGAAGAAGAAGAAAUAGUUCCAGCAGACAACAACGGCAAUGAGACCAAGUUGCCACUCACCUGGAACCAGCGGUGGAACGCCUUCUGGUUCAGAAAGAAAAUGCUGGUCACCCCACCGUACAUUGGUUUACUCGUGCUUUGCUGCUUCGUCGAUUUCGGGCUGAUGUUCAGUUACUACACCCUCAUGAUGUGGUUCCCGGAUCUCUUCGAACGGUUCAGUCAGUUCUCGUCACUCUUCCCCGGCGUCUCAGCAGGCGUCUGCGAGGUGUCUGCCAACGUCACGAGGAGCGAACUGUUGGGUAAACAAGAGUGUCCGCAAGUGAUCGAUGACAGGGUGUUUAUCCACACUCUGGUGGUAGCGCUGAGCUGUGUGCCCACCGCCUUAAUGGUUGGUCUCACUAUCAAUAAGAUUGGGAAGAAGAUUAUGCUUGUGGGCAUGUUGAUAAUCUCCGGCUUAGCAGCGUUGGGUCUGAACCUGGUGGAGUCGUCACUGCAGAAUCUGGUGCUGUCAUGCGUCUUUGAAGCCAUCGUCAGUUGCACGGAGGCGGUGCUGUUCUGUGUCAUAUGCGAGAUCUUCCCUACUAAAGUUGCGGCAACAGCUAUGGCGGUGACGGUGAUGAGCGGUCGAAUCGGCGCCAUCGUCGGGAACGUGGUAUUCGGCGCGCUGGUGGACGAGCAUUGCAUCAUCCCUAUAUACAUGUUCGGAUCCCUGCUCAUAACGAGCGGCCUGCUUUGCAUCAUUCUGCCGAAGAGUACGCGGCCGGAGCGCCACGAGUGAUUCCCUCUUGUUAUAUUAUUUUUAUCUGUAUCGUGAUAGAUAAAAUAGCUACUAUAAGCACCGUU